AUGGCUUCCUCCACCCCCAACACUCAGCGUUUUGCAGCACAGUCUGUGAUCCAACAACGUCGAGGACCUAUCGCCAUGCUCGCGAACGAGAUCUUGCUCACGAUUUUUUUACUCCACCGACCAAGCCACUCGAAUGAUGCCGUGGGCGAUUGGACUUGGCUGAGCAUCAUUCACGUGUGCAAGAGGUGGCGCGACAUAGCUCUUUUGUCCGCCCAAAUGUGGACGGAGAUCAUUUGCUCUCGACAUACCUCUCUUACAGAGUUCAUGCUCGAGCAUUCUCAGAAUAUGCCUCUUCUCAUCUGCCACACGCACGCUCCCAAGCUGCUACCGUCUUUCCGUAGCAUCUUAUCCCGGGCGAAUCGCAUCCAGAACGUCACCGUCCGCGCAGAAGACGGCCAGUUGCUUGAUCUCCUUCUUAAAUCGUUCUCGACAAGCCCCGAAAAUAUACUUUCGGUGUUUGAUUAUGAUAUCCUACCGAUAAACCACGCAGAGUGGCACGUCAGCGAUGGCACACUUAACGAGCAGUUUAUAUCACAGCUUCCCAAGAGACUGGUCUGGCUCAAGCUCCCUCGCAUUCGAGUUAUAUCGCCAUUCAUGCAGGUACAGACGUUCGACAACCUGACAGAAUUCUUGGUGAAGGUUGUUCCACCAACUUCUCUUGCCGACAUACAUGCCCUGCUCGGACAUUUUCCAAAUCUGGAAGUAUUCACUCUCCACAGCUACAUGAAUGAUGUCGAUCAUGCGACAUUAACCGCCCAAACCGUCACUCUUCAGCAUCUGAAGGUUCUCACGUUCGCCGAAUGUAGACCGCUCAGGGCUGUUGCACAUCUAGGUUCUAUGAUCAUGCUUCACGCUGAUCUCUGCAUAAACCUACAAUUCCUUAUAAUCCCAGAAUAUAUCACUGGAAUACAGUUAUUCCUCCAGGCCCGACAACGCCAAGGAAGGACAUUGUUCCCUGUCGGUAUUUUACUUCAGGACAAUAGUGCGAUAGAUCGUCUCAAGUGGACGAGACGCUUAUUAAUUCAAUGCAACUCAUUCAUCGAGCCAGGUUCCGAGUUAACCAGACAUCCAGCCACUCAGGUGCAAGGCCCACGGCCAGGGCCUGGCAUUGUACUUCUGAAUGGGAUGUACCAGGCUAAAACACCCACUUCCUCUGUAAUUCAGCAAAUCAUGCCCCUUCUCGAGUUGUUAGAGUUCAGACACAUACAGCACUUCACCGUGUGCAUCCAGAACCGCAGCCUCCCUUAUCAACCAUCGGCUCUCUUCCCAGUUUUGGACCAGCUAGUUCAGUUGACUCAUCUCCAGCUGGAUGGAUUCUUUGCCAUCUACACUAUUGCCCUCUUUGUCCAGAAAGACAGAGCUAUUGGCUAUCAAGGUGGCAAAAUCCCCUUUCCAUCGCUUCAACACCUUGCACUUCGGGUGCCCCUGGAGGAACAUGACGACAUCAUUAGGAACAUGCUAAAUGACAUUGUGGAUGCGCUCCGGGAUCGAGAGGCAUGUGGGGGUCAACGACUUCAGAUGUUCACAAUACGCCUCGAGAAGGAUUCUAUACAAGAUGUGGUGAAUAAGCUGCCGGAUAGUGGGAUCACGGAGCGGUACGAUAUAACGGGCCCAAACGAUUCAGAUUCAGAAGAAUGAGAGGCUAUCCAGUCCGGACCUGGUGGUCAGUAU